AAAAAAAAAAAAAAUUACAAACAAAAAUCCUCCGCAACGCUCCAGGCGGUUAUUUCCACACUUCCCUCCCUCGUUUCCUCCGCCCCCUUCAAUCCUUCGCUUCCCUUUUUAUUCUCCUCCUCUCUCCCACUAUCUUCCCUCACUUUCCAUCGGCUUCCUCUCCAUUUUCUCUGCUCUCAAACAAAUCCUAACUCGUAGCGGAAAGGAAACGAUAAUGUCGUUCACGUCGACGACCAAGUUCGUGCAGCCCCUCCAUCUGAACACCACCUCCGCCAGAUCCAAUGACCACAAGCCUUUCCUCGACCCAUUCAAGCCCACCUCCUUUCUCGGAUCCACAAACAAGCUUCGCUUCACUUCUCUUGCCAAGUCCCAUCAGGCUAAUCUCCACCGUCGAUCCGCUGUGGUCGCCGUAUCCGAGGUAGUCAAGGAGAAGAAGCCCAAAUCCAGCACCAAUCUGCUGAUCACUAAAGACGAAGGCUUGGUGCUCUAUGAAGAUAUGAUAUUAGGCAGAGCUUUUGAAGACAUGUGUGCCCAGAUGUAUUACAGGGGGAAAAUGUUUGGUUUCGUUCACCUCUACAAUGGCCAAGAGGCCGUGUCAACUGGGUUUAUCAAGCUUUUGAAGAAGGAAGAUUCUGUGGUCAGUACAUACCGGGAUCACGUACAUGCCCUGAGCAAAGGGGUCCCUGCUCGUGCCGUGAUGAGUGAGCUCUUUGGAAAGACCACCGGAUGCUGCCGAGGCCAGGGUGGUUCGAUGCACAUGUUCUCGAAAGAGCAUAAUGUGCUUGGUGGGUUCGCCUUCAUUGGUGAAGGGAUUCCGGUGGCCACGGGUGCAGCGUUCACCAGCAAGUAUAGGAGGGAGGUAUUGCAAGAGGCAGAUUGUGAUCAUGUGACAGUGGCAUUUUUCGGAGAUGGGACUUGUAACAAUGGCCAGUUCUUUGAGUGUUUGAACAUGGCGGCUUUGUGGAAAUUGCCGAUUGUGUUUGUCGUGGAGAACAACCUAUGGGCUAUUGGGAUGUCACAUUUGAGGGCUGCUUCGGAUCCAGAGAUUUGGAAGAAGGGACCCGCAUUUGGGAUGCCCGGUGUUCAUGUUGAUGGCAUGGAUGUUUUGAAAGUUAGGGAUGUUGCAAAGGAGGCAGUUGGAAGGGCUAGGAGAGGAGAAGGGCCGACGUUGGUGGAAUGUGAAACAUAUAGGUUUAGAGGACACUCAUUGGCUGAUCCUGAUGAGCUUCGUGACCCCGCUGAGAAGGCGCGCUAUGCUGCUAGAGAUCCUGUGACAGCGUUGAAGAAAUAUAUGAUUGAGAAUAAUUUAUCGAGUGAAGCAGAGUUAAAGGCCAUAGAGAAGAAGAUAGAUGAGGUGGUUGAGGAAGCUGUUGAGUUUGCAGAUGAGAGCCCUCAUCCAGGUCGCAGUCAGCUAUUGGAGAAUGUGUUUGCAGAUCCAAAAGGUUUUGGAAUUGGACCUGAUGGGCGAUAUAGAUGUGAGGAUCCCAAAUUCACCGAAGGCACUGCUCAUGUGUAACUUUUCAAUCUCUACUUGUGACUUUUCAGUUCUUGGAUGCGUGGUUUAUAUUUACCUCUACUCAACUUAUGAUAAUGUGUCAGCUUUUCUAUUGUAAGCAGGAUUUCCUCUUUAGGUUGCAUUAUGUUCUCAAAUUUUGCACAUCAGGGUCCCGUUUAUAUGUUAUUUUGUUUUAGUUGGUGUUUUUAUUUUUUAUUUUUUUAACCUGUAUGAAGUCUAAAGGAUGAUAAAAGCUUCUGGAGCAUUAUGUUGAUCA